AGCCGCGUCGCCGCCAACUUUGAGUUGAAAGUGAAAGUCAGCAAGUCGCGAGCCGCGAGCCGCGAGCCGCGAGUGGCGAGUGGCGAGUCGGCAGUCUGAGUUUGAGUUUCGGCCACGAGCACCCAGAUUGACCGAGUCGUAGUCGUGCCGUGAACUUUGCCGUGCGCAUUUAUUGAAAUUGCAAUUCACAAUUCGCUUAAUUGUUUUUCUCAUUUUGUCGGUAAAUUUUCACUCAUUAGUGGCUCGCUGGUAGCGGUACGCGGCGUAUGCGUAAUAUCGCAACAUCUCAGUUCAUUCAGCCCAAUUAUGCGGCCAAUCAAUAGGCCAAGCUAAAAUUGAUCUGACGCAAAUUGCGAUAAAUGCGCACGCACCAAAAGAUGGCGACACUGACGAUUGCAAGGGCAACAGCGGCAACGGGGCGUAUGAGUGCUGUGGCAUUAAUUAUUUGCGGCGCGCUGCUGGUGGGCGUAGCUGAUGGUAGCAAUGGCAAUACUAGCGGCGGCAGCAGCAGCGCCACCGGACGGCCUUCACUGCUGCGCACCGAAUUGCGGUUUGGACGCAACCUGGAUCCAUCCAAGGUGCGCGUGGUGAGCGUGAAGUCGAGCCAGGGCGAGGAUGUGGAGAUUCUAGUGGGCAAGAACAGCCGCAAAGCGCGCGCCGAGGAGGCAGCCGGUUCGUUUUUCGUGCGCAGUUCGGAUGUCAAGCGGCCAGCGGCUCAAACUAGGAAUGCCAAUGCCAAUGCCAAUGGAAGUGGCCGCCAGCUGGUCUUCGAGCAUACGCCGACGCUGCUGAAGCAGAGCGAGCUGGCACUGCAGCAGCAGGACUAUCGUCAACGCAAGGCCGAGGCCGAGCAGCGACAGGCGAAGUUUAUACAGCUCCAGCUGGCCAAGGCGCACAGCAAAGCCUUGGAGCAGCGAGCGCUGGAGAGCGGCAGCAGCUCGCGAAGCGGCCGUCAGCUCGGCAGUAACGCCGCCUGGCAGCCAGUCUAUUUCCAGGCACAGCCAACGGCAUACAACAAGAACUACUCGUUUGCCGUGGAGCGCCAGUGGCAGCCCUUCACCUAUGCUGCCCCAGUGGAGGCACAGCCACGCGUGCUGCGUCAUGCGCAAGAUACACCAAUCAGCUUUCCCAGCGAUCUGCAGUACGCUGCCUCCGAGCCGCUGGAGUACUACAGCCGAGAUGAACGCGCUUAUCCCAGCCACAGGUCUCGGCCACCACAGAACCUGAUUACCAAGCACAACUACAACGCCUUGCCACAGAAAUCGAAAUUCGUCACCUAUAUGCCACACUCUGUGGUGGUCACGGCCAGCGCCGGCGUGGCUGCACCCUCGGCCACGCCCUCACGGCGCCCCGUUCAGGCCAGUCCGCAUCGCAACCCCAUUGGCCAGAGCACGCACAACGUCGUCGAUGGGCCAGCAGUCACACUCAUCGAAGGAGUCCGCGUUCCAGACACUCCCGAGGACAAGGUGAAGACCUGGCGCAAUGCGCGCGUGCUCAACAACCAGCUGGUGCCAUAUCCCGAGGGCUACACGCCGCCGCGCGUCCAAAUGCCCAGCUUUGACAGAUAGGCGCGAUCGGCUGGUGCCUCCACACAGCUGCACUUGGAAUAUUUCUACUAUAUUUAUUGAUUUGUUUAUUUGUUAAGUUAUUUAUAAAUGUUACAUUAAACUUGAAAAGUAUAUGCCCCACA